AUGCUCAGGGAGGUCAAGGAGGAGGUCGAGGAGGCGAAGCAGGCCGUGAAUACCAUCACGGAGAGGGUGGAGGAUUUGGAGAUCGAUAUGACAAGCGUGAGGGCGGACAUGGAGUUGUGCGUGACAAGUGACUCCUUGAAGGGGCAGGUAGAGGAGAUCGUAAGGAAGACGCUGGCGGACUACCUGCGCGGAGAAGGUGGGGGAACAGGGAAUGGCAACAUGAACAUCAGGACCGGGAGUACGGGAGGUGUCGAUGAGGGCCGGGCCAUGCAGGUUGUCGUACUCGGAUUCAAAGAGAAAGCAGAAGCGAAGAUCAUCAAAUAG